CAGUAUUUUCAAACCUGACUUGUUUGAACUUCCAUCUCGAAUCUCGAUACUCAUUUGGGAACGCCGGACGACAACGGGUAACGGUCACUACGAUAUGACGCAGAGACUUGUUUCUCGUUGAACUUUCGGCGAUUUCAGUGACCAGUCCCUCGUCCCUGUGAAAGUAGUCUACCUACUAUAAAACAUCCAUCACCAUUCUACAGACGACGUUAUGAAUACGGGACUAAAAUUUCUAGUCAUUGCAUUGAACUGAAAUAUUAUUUAACAAAUUUGCCUUUAACGAACAACACUAGUAGUAAAUAUGGCCGACUCCAAAUUUAAUGAUGCAGUUACAAAACUAAAUACACCAUUUGAUGUAUAUAAAUUGGACUGUAGAAAUAUGAUAUCAAAUGCCGAUGCUUUUAAAUUACGUGAGGCAUUACUAACAAUGACGUUUAAAAAAAAAUCGUGUGAUCUGUAUUCGUUUUCUCAGUCGCCGGAUUUCAUUCGUUCCACAAGACUUAGGAAACCUAAAGAAGUUGAGCAGUUUUUAAUUUUGCUGAAAAUAAUAAAAAACAAAAUAGCUACUUACUUAAAAAGAAACUUUAAUAAUACGAUCAGUGUAUCUUGUUCUAAAUAUGAUCGCGGAGAUUACUUACUUUGUCAUGAUGAUCGUGUCGACGAUAGGUCUGUUGCAUUCAUAUACUAUUUGAAUUAUGAUUGGCUUCCUGAAUGGGGUGGCACAUUAGAUGUUUAUUCGGUUGACGACACAAGUUCUGCCACAGAAAUCAUAGGAAAUAUUAACCCAGAUUUCAAUUCUAUGAUUUUUUUCCCAGUUGAAAAAUAUACGUAUCACCAGGUGGCUGAAAAUAUAUCUACCUUUCCUCGUAUUUCCAUUAACGGUUGGUUCCACAGUGAUGAACUAUCUUGGGUAAUGUAUGACCAGCCAGUCAAGAUUCAAUCUCAAAUUUUUACACCACAUCCAGUUUCUUAUGAAAGGUGUAAUAACAUCUCCAGAAAGUGCAUAGAAGGAAUAUUUGAAGAACCCUUGUUUAGAGAAGCUAUUAAAGAAACAUUUAAGAAAGAUGGGUUCAUAAUGUGCGAGGGAUUUUUCAAACAUAAAAUGGUAGACUAUUUAUCUAAUCAUGUAUUUAACAAUGCCUUGAAUUGGAAAAUCAGAGGACCUUUAAACAAAAGGCAUUACAAAUAUUUAGAAUUACAAGAUUUGCCAGAAUCAAUUUUGUCUGUUGUUAAUUUGUUAAAGACUGAACGCAUGUUUCAAUUUUUCCAGGACUGCACAGGUCUGAGAUUUAUUGCUGUUAAUAUUGAAGUGCAAAGAUGGCAUGGUGGACACUAUAUGGUAUCAGGCGGAAACGAUGGUCUAGAUGGCUAUAAUAUAUUGAGUGUCUAUUUAUUUUUUAGUCAGUGUUUUGGAAAAAUGUCUGAUACCAAUAAAGAUGAUCUGCAUUAUGUAUUUGAAGUAAAAAAUACAUUAACACCGAAAUUUGCAUGUAAGCCCCAGCACAACACUAUUUUUAUGGUAAAUCGAGAUUCCAAUAUGAAUUCACAUGUUAAAUAUUGUAAAAUAGUUGAUGGUCAUGCCUGGACUGUAGUUGUUGCUAAUUAUGUGAUUCGUAACAAUUUUGAUUGUAGACUGGUACUACCGAGGGCAAGGGUUAACUAACAGAAGAAUCAACUUUUAUUUUAUUUUGUUUAUUUAAUGUUGACAUUACUACAUUUAUUUAACAAUUAUUUUCCUACUAUAUUGUGCUUUAUAAUACUUUUUUUUUAAUGUUUGUGAUUAGAUCAUUAAAGAAUGAGUAGUUUUUAAAUUUUUUUUUAUCAAUAAAGUGUUCAUAAUUUAUACAUAAUUAUUAUUCAUAAGAAUAAGUUAUAUUUGGAUAUUAAAUAUUAAAAUUAGUAUCACAGUUUGAUAUUAUAUUAUUAUCACUUGAUUAAUUAUAUUCAUUUAUUGUAGUAAACUUACUAUUUAUCAUUUACCUUAAAUAACGCGUUUCAAGACAUGUCUUGUCUUUUAAAUAGUAAGGAACUCAUAAGUUGUGCGGGUUAAACAACAUUUUUAAAUGUAUAAAAAAAAAUAAUAAUAUAUUGAUGUUAUCAUAUUUACAAUUAUUUUUAAUGUUAAAAAGAAUAAUAUAUUUGUCUAAAGUUUAUUUUAAAAGUGACUGAGUAUAAUAAACAUAUUGUGAUAUAAGA